GAGAGAACGGAAGUUCACAUUCCCGCCAUCAUCGCGCAGUGUCGCGCAGCGUCGCGCGGCUCCACUGUCAACAACACAGGUAGGAGAGCAGGUGAACACCGGCAAAACAAACUCUCUGCCCCCGGAGGACCUACAUCAUCUGUACUGUACUUUAGAAGUUCGACGACGAACCCGCACUAUUGGCAGGAUUUGUUUUAGUCACAAGUCCCAACUUCCCCAAGGGCAUCUACAGGACAGUAAGCCAUGACAACCGUAGUGCCCAAACUCACUAGUGGUGGCCCUGUGAAGAUCCGCAUCAACAGCCUCGACCUGGGCACCACCAAAUGGAAAGAGGGGACUUUUGAGAUUUUGGAAAAGGACAACAAAGUCAACCUCUGUCUGAGAUUCAGCUGUGGAGCAUCCAAAACGUUCCAGCUCAACCAGAACCUGAAGAACUUCACCCAGAAUUUGAAUCGGAUCAUCCUGACGCUGAAGGACAACUGUGUGAUCAGCUUCGACAGGAUGCCCUCGUCUGUGACUCAGAAGACUAAAGAAUAUCUGGAAAAGCUGAAACAGGGGAAAACAGUUUUGAAGUCAUCCCAUGGAAGUGCUAACUUCAGUGUGCUUGGAAACCGCCCAGUGAAAAACGAGACCAGUCCAUCAGGAGACAGACAGGCCCAGAACGUGUUUCAGACGACGCCGCGGCGGCAAAGCGCCGAGGGCCGCGAUGACACGACACCGAGGAAACCGCUGGGAAGCCCAAGCAGAGCAGCCUCCACUCCAACUCGAACUGGACUGUCUGAAAACAGGAGUGAGAAGAGAAAGCGACUGCUCAACUCUGAAAGUGACCUCACUGAGGACUAUCCCAAGGAAAAUGACUCCUCCAGCAACAACAAGGCCACUUCAGACCCAUCCAGGAAGUUUCUGCUGAGCUGCAAAGAGAAGCUGAAGACUGCAGAGGAGAACAGGAGCUCAGCACCUCUAGGUUCAACUCCCCUUCAGCCAACGUCCUUCUACGGAAGCCGAUCUGUGACUAAAGACUACAGCCAGAGCCACUCCUUCCUUGACAGGCCAUCCAGCACCGCACAGAGCUCCACGGCCAAGAGGAGCCUGAUGCUUCCCAACCACUCCACUCCCUUCAAGAAAGCUCGGCCCUCUCUGGACUACGGAGGCUGGAACAAGCAGAGGCCCUCGACCCUGACACAGCCUCAGCUGCCCCUGCAAGGAUUUUCCAAUCUGGGCAACACUUGCUACAUGAACGCCAUCCUGCAGUCGCUCUUCAGCCUCCCCUCCUUUUCCAACGACAUGCUGAAGCAGAGCAUCCCCUGGAAGAAGGUGCCCAUCAACGCGCUGCUCAGGCGUUUCGCUCACCUGAUGGUCAAGAAGGACGUGGGAUGCCCAGAGACAAAGAAGGACCUGUUGAGGAAAGUGAAGAGCGCCAUCUCCUCCACAGCCGAGCGGUUCUCAGGAAACAUGCAGAACGAUGCUCAUGAGUUCUUGAGUCAGUGUUUGGACCAGCUGAAGGACGACGUGGAGAAAAUGAACAAGAGCUGGACGAACGACUCUGAGAACGGUCCAGAGGCAGCGUCCUCGUCGGUGAAGGCGGAGCCCGGGGACGAGGUGGACACCUGCCGCAUCUACACCUGCCCCGUGGCCGUGAACAUGGAGUUCGAAGUGCAGCACACGAUCACCUGCAAAGGCUGUGGCGAAGUGGUGACCAAGCGAGAGCAGUUCAACGACUUGUCCAUCGACCUCCCGCGCAGAAAGAAAACACUUCCUCUUCGGUCCAUCCAAGAUUCUCUGGAUCUCUUUUUUAGGAUGGAGGAGAUUGAGUACUCGUGUGAAAAGUGCAAUGGAAAAUCAGCGACUGUUACACAUAAAUUCAGCAAACUACCAAGAGUGCUCAUUCUCCACCUGAAACGGUACAGCUUUAACGCUCAGCUGUCUCUGAACAGCAAGUUGGGGCAGCAGGUGGUGAUCCCCCGAUACCUGACCCUGCUGUCCCACUGCACCGAGUCCACCCGGCCCCCCGUCAGUCUGGGCUGGAGUUCCCAAGCCUCUGUGUCCAGGACGCUUAAAAUGUCCCAGUCGGUCAACUCCCCUAAUGCACCUUUCCGGAGGAUCGGAGGGAAAGCUGCCAACUCCACGUCCAUCCUCGUGGACUCCGACUGUGAGGAGGAGCCCAACAGAAAAGUCAACACGAGCCGCAAGCGACGCCUCAGCAGCUGUUUGCCCGAUGAGGACGAGCAUCUAGAGGAGCAGCAACCGAGGGCAGCAGCAGUCGAUCCGACCGAAUUCUGUGGCUUAAACGAUGAUGAAAUGCUGGCGGCCGUGCUGGAGAUGAGUCGGCAGGAGGCCGGUCUCUCUGCACCGCCGCCCCUGGAGGACGAGCCGACCAGCAGCCCCGACACAGGGUUUGGAGACACGGACGCUCAUGAUCUGGCUUAUCACACAGACCUGCUGGAAACAGACAACAAACAGCCUGCAGGUGUGCUGGAUUCCCUGGACCUGACCAUGGAUGAGAACAAGGAGAACCAGACUCCGGAGAGUGUGCAGCAGCAGCAAGGGGAGCUGGACUGGGUCCAGCAGUACAGUCUGGACCAGGAGAGGGAGGAGCAGGAGCUGCAGCAGGCGCUGGCCCAGAGCCUCCAGGAGCAUGAGGCGCAGGAGAUGAGAGAGGACGAUGAUCUGAAGAGAGCGACUGAGCUCAGCCUGCAAGAGUUUAACAACUCUCUGCCGGAGCUGCUGUGCUCGGACGAUGAUUCUGGGAACGAGGACGUGCUGGACAUGGAGUACACCGAGGCAGAGGUCGAGAACCUGAAAAGAAACGCUGAGAGCGGAGAACUGAGCAACUCCUUCAGACUCAUCAGCGUCGUCAGUCACAUCGGGAGCAGCUCCUCCUCUGGCCACUACAUCAGCGACGUGUACGACAUGAAGAAACAGUCCUGGCUGACCUACAAUGACCUGGACGUGUCGCGCACACAGGAAGCUGCCGUCCAGCGAGACCGCGACCGCAGCGGAUACAUCUUCUUCUACAUGCACAAAGACGUGUUCGAGCAGCUGUCUGAGAUGGAACGAUCUGGAGCCGGUGGAACCUCGGAGGCCGGGAGGAACGUCCUGCAGCCGCUUUGAGUGUUUUCUGGAGAUCUGCACACUCACUCGAUCCUCAGCUGAUCCUCAGCUGAUCCUCAGCUGAUCCCUGCUAGAUGAAGCCACCCUGUGAACAAGCCUCAGUGCUCCUGGUUGCCGUCCUCCUCCUCCUCCUCCUCCUCCUUCUUUUUGUUUGGUUGUCUUCAGGCACUCGUACGUCUCUGCUCAUCACUAAACGCCAACACAGGUGGUCAAGACUUUACCGACAUGCAGUUAAAUGAAAUGGAUCAAACGUUGCCUCCGUUGUUCGGGCGUGUUCCUUCUCUAUGAUUUUAUCAAACCGUUUUGUAAUGUUUUUUUUGUUUUUUUUUUCUUUGUUUAAACAGACUUUCACUUAAAAACGUUCGAAGCACCAGAUGUUUUCAGUGCUUUGUGGAUUGUACGUUGACAGAACCCUUUAUUUCCCAUAUAAACUAAAUAAAGAUAUAUUCUAUGUUGGAGUAUAAGCUAUUAUAGAGUUAGUGGGGGCCGUUGUGUUCGGCGGGUACAUUUGGUGCAAUAUUUAUGUUACGGCACAAACUGGCUAAAUGAAACCGGCUUUUUCUGUCACCGUGUGGAUGUUUCUCAAGUUGCUUUUUUGUGCUUGACUUAUUUGUGUGUGUGCGUGUGUGUGCGUGUGUGUGUGUGUGUGGUUAUCUCCAUAUUUUAGAGAUGUGAAAGAAAGGAAAAAAAAAUAAUAAUUUCAAGUUACUGAGCUUUUCUCAGUCAAGCCCUCAAUGCUCUUUUUUGGGGGUUUUGACCUUGUGCCUCCCAAGAAAACUUUUAUAAAUAUGUAUAUGAGCUUUACUUUCACAACUAUACUGUUUUUUUUGAAUGUUCGUCAAACCUAGACAACGAGUAAAUCAGAUUUUUCCUCUAUUAAAAAGCCAACAGAUUUUUCUAUUUAUUAAAUGUAGGGUUGAUUUACGUUAGCCCAGAAUAUGUUCACAGUGCAGAAGUCAUUACUACUAGAUCCCAGGGUGCAAAGCUACAGCAACACACCGUUUUAUUUCAUGUUGUCAUCACCUUUAGGGCCAGUAUAUAAUAUUUAAAGGCUUGGAUCUCUGCUAACCUGCUGCGAUAGUUACUGUCAGACUCAUAGAACGGAUUCAUUCAUUACUCCAGACACUGGCUGGACCACAGCAGAAACGUUCAGAUACAUAAUCAGAACCAAACCAAAUGAUUUCUCCAAAUGUUCACAUUUUAAAAAUGAAGAAAUAAAAAUCCACACAGGCCUUUUAUAGCUGGGUUUCUGGAAAGUGUGCAGCUCCUGGUAGAACAGUACGUCGUGGCACUCGGAUUAGUUUCUUAUGUCUGCAUCAGAUUUCUGAAAUGCUGUGCUUCCCUGAACAUCCUGUCCCUAAUGCAGUGUAAGGAGGGUAAAAGGUUCUUUUGCUUUUUCUACCCUUCAUACAUGACUGACUCUUCCUAAAGCAGAUUUUAAUAAAAUAUCACAGUGAACGUG